UCUUUUUGCUUACUGCACACUGAACUUCUGACCCACCAUUACCAACCAUACCUUCAAAGCCAUGAUUUUCUCUAUACCCAUUUCUUCUUCUCCUUCACCCUACUCCCCUUCCACCACCGUCCAUGGCGCCCCUCACCCAUCUCCUCCUCCUCCUCUGCGUUUCCGCCGCCACAUCUAACCCUUUCUCCCGCCCCGCGGUUUUCAACUUCGGCGACUCCAACUCCGACACCGGUUGCGUUGUCGGUGCUGCCAUUGAGAACAUCUACCCCCCCUACGGCCACCGCUUCUUCGGACAUCCCUCCGGGAGAUACUCCGAUGGUCGCCUCAUCGUUGAUUUUCUCUUGGAUGCGAUGGAUAUGCCUUACUUGAAUGCGUAUCUUGAUUCCCUUGGCGCACCAAAUUUUCGUAAGGGGUGCAAUUAUGCGGCUGCAGGCUCGACUAUUCUUCCCGCAACAGCUACUUCUUUUUGCCCUUUUUCAUUUGGGGUUCAGGUGAAUCAGUUUCUUCAUUUCAAAGCUAAAGUUCUUGAGCUCCGAGCAGGCAAAGGUGGUAAGAAACUUGAUAAGUACCUACCAGCUGAUGAUUACUUCCAGAAGGGACUUUACAUGUUUGAUAUUGGGCAGAAUGAUCUUGCUGGUGCAUUUUAUUCCAAAACUUUGGACCAAAUUCUUGCCUCUAUACCUGCAAUUUUAUCUGAAUUUGAGAGUGGAGUUCAGAAACUGUACGACGAAGGGGCGAGAAAUUUUUGGAUUCACAACACGGGUCCUUUAGGAUGCUUGGCUCAGAACGUUGCUAAAUUUGGAACAGACCCAUCAAAGCUUGAUGAAUUUGGAUGCGUCAGUUCACACAACCAAGCCGCCAAACUCUUCAAUUUACAGCUUCAUGCUCUCUGUAAAAAACUGCAGGGCCAAUAUGCAGAUGGCAACGUCACAUACGUCGAUAUCUACUCGAUAAAAUCGAAUCUCAUCGCCAAUUAUUCACGACUCGGUUGGCCGUCUUGCUGCACUUUAGCUUCAUUUUCUGUCAAUCCUGUAAAAUCUGAUGACUUGCUGCAUUUUGACAUGGCAGGUUUUGAGCAACCUAUUAUGGCUUGUUGUGGAUAUGGAGGUCCACCGCUCAAUUACGACAGUCGAAUCGUGUGCGGACACACAAAGAUGUUGAACGGGACGUUGGUGACGGCGAAAGGGUGCGACGAUAGCUCGGAGUACAUCAAUUGGGACGGAAUUCAUUAUACAGAAGCUGCAAAUCAGUAUGUUUCAUCACAAAUACUUACCGGAAAAUAUUCUGAUCCACCCUUCUCAGAAAAAAUGCCAUUCCUUCUCAAACUCAAGUUCUAGUUGGCCUUACUUACACAUGCAUACAUCCCACAACUGAUAACUCAUUUGUAUGUCUAAAUGGAAGCAUUCAUGUGGAGUUUAGAACUAUGAUUUGAUAUUAAGUGCUUACUUUAAAUGAUAUGGCCGAAACAGACGUGAUACCAUGAAGAUUUUUCAUAAUAAAGCAGACGAUAAUGAAUUAA